UGCCCGGAACGAAAGCAUCGUUGGUGGGAGAUGGAUAUAAGCCCAUCGGUCGAGAAUAAUGCUAUCAGUGACUUCGUGCUCUCUCGCAUAAAAUAACCUAAGAUUGGAACUUUUUGUUCUUUUGUGGAAGAAACAUUAUGUUCAAGAUUUUGUACCUGCUUUGUGCCAUCUUCGCGUGGUGCGAAGGGAUUCUCGUAAGUGGUUACAACGGAGCCGGUCACACGGUUUCUUAUGCUGAUUACGAAGGCCUCGACGCGGGAUAUGCGGGAUCUUCGGAUUACGAGGGACAUGCCGUUCUGCCAACGAUCGCAGUUCCGGUGCACGCGGUCUCGGCCGCACCGUUACACGCCGAUUCAUCCUUCGAUCAUACUUUCCAUUCCUACAAGCAGCAUCACGCCGACAAGGACCACGAUUAUUAUUCGCACCCUAAAUACACCUUCAACUAUGGUGUACACGAUCCACACACCGGCGACGUGAAAACACAACAUGAGGUCCGUGACGGUGAUGUUGUUCACGGUUCUUAUAGCGUGAACGAGCCUGAUGGAAGCGUAAGAAUCGUCGAGUAUACAGCAGACGAUCACAAUGGAUUCAAUGCAAUAGUGAAGAAGGUUGGACCAGCGAUUCACCCGAAAUCUGUAUCAAUCGCCAAAUACGUUUCAUCGCCAGCUUAUUACAAUCAUUACGACUAGGAAAACCGAUUAUUUUUAGACAAUUAAUUAAGAGAUUGUUUAUUUAAUUUUAAUCAGUCCACAAUGUCUUGAAGAAACAUUACUAUCUUCCAUCUCUCUUUCUUUCUCUCUCUCU